ACAGAGUACAGGCGAAGAUUCAUGAUAGAUCCUGUGCACUCUGCACGUAACUCUGCUUUUUAUACACAAAACGCAGCAGCAGACAUCAUUUGAGUUUCUGGGGGCGGGGAGGAGGGAGCGCUAGCGACCACAUUGCUACAAUAAUAAUCGGUUGUAGUCUAUUAGUUAUCUUUCUCCACCGCUCGCUACAGUACCGUAGACUGGAUCUGAAAACCAAUGGAAUCCUGAAUCAUGGCUGCAAAAGAUGAUCUCUACAGCAAAAUCAUCCCGCGAAGACUCCGGCCGAAAGUACCUGGUACUGUGAAAUAUGGAUCGAAUUUGGACGUCCUCUUAUCGAUGGGUUUCCCCAAAACCAGGGCAUUGAAGGCACUUGUAUCAACAGGAGGCAGGAGUGUACAGACAGCAUGUGACUGGCUGUUCUCCCAUGUGGAUGACCCCUUCCUGGAUGACCCAUUGCCCAGAGAGUACGUCCUGUACCUGCGCCCUAGCGGACCCCUGCAGAAUCAGCUCCAUCACUUCUGGCAGCAGUCCCGCGUCACCUGCGGAAAGAACAAGGCCCACAACAUCUUCCCCCACAUCACACUCUGCCAGUUCUUCAUGUGUGCAGACAACAAGGUGGACGCCCUGUUGGAGGCCCUGCAGGCCACGGUGGGCCAAUGGAGGGGUCGUUUCCCUAGCCCCCUGCCCCUGGAGCUCUACACCUCCUUCAACUUCAUAGGCCUCUUUGUUGAGGAGCAGAUCGCAGAGGUCCUCAAGCAGUUUGCUGCUGACUUUGCUUCCGAGGCUGCCAGAAAAGCUGAUGUCCAUUUAGAGCCCCAUAAGAAGCAGCUCCAUGUGACGUUAGCCUACCACUUCCCCACCAGUCACCUGACCUCCCUGGAAAAGCUGGCUAAGGGAAUCGAGGUGAAGCUAGGCUGUGAUUGGCUGGCUGUUCUUUUUUCCCGGGACAUACGGUUUGCCAAUCAUGAGACGCUGCGCGUGAUGUAUCCCUACGCCCCUCAGAAUGAGGACGAGCUGGAGCUGGUUCCGGGCGACUUUGUCUUCAUGUCUCCCUUGGAGCAGAACAACACUAGCGAGGGCUGGGUCUACGGGUCCUCCCUGGCCACGGGGCUGUCCGGCCUAUUGCCUGAGAACUACGUCAGCCGGGCAGACGAGUGUGACACCUGGGUCUUUCACGGAUCACACUCCUUCUUCAGUUGCUCCGCCCCAUUGGACAAAGUGAGCAGGGAAAGGGGCCUAUUCGAUGGGCUGCUGGACAGCCGUCUCCUCGACAACACAAGCGCUGGAGACACACCCACCUUGAGCCUCAUCUGUCAUCCCAUGCAGGUGCUUCGGGUCAGCAGCAAUCACUCUCAGCUGCCCAAGCGGACCCUGUUUGUCUGCCGGCACGGUGAGCGGAUGGAUGUGGUGUUUGGGAAACACUGGCUUUCACUGUGCUCUGAUUCCAAAGGUAGAUAUGUGCGCACUAACCUGAACAUGCCAGUCAGCCUGCCCAUGUGGAGUGGAGGACACAGAGAUUACAACAUGGACACCCCCAUCACUGUGUUUGGUUCCACACAAGCACGAAUAGUGGGCGAGGCGUUAUUGGAGAGCAACACAGUGAUAGACUUUGUGUACUGUUCACCCUCUCUGCGCUGUGUCCAGACUGCUCAGAACAUCCUCAAAGGUCUGCAGCAGGAUGGCAAGCUGAAGAUCAGAGUGGAGCCAGGGCUAUUCGAGUGGACCAAGUGGGUCUCUGGGAGCUCUCUUCCUACCUGGAUCCCUCCCACAGACCUGGCUGCAUCCCACUUCACUGUUGACACAACAUACAGACCUCUCAUACCGAUAAGCAAACUUAGCGUGUCGGAGUCCUAUGACACGUACAUGAGCCGGAGCUACCAAGUGACCAAAGACAUUCUGUCUGACUGCAAAAACAUGGGAAACAACAUACUGAUUGUUGCCCACGCUUCCUCUCUGGAGGCCUGCACGCGACAGCUCCAGGGCCGUAGCCCCCAGACCUCCAAGGACUUCAUCCAAGUAGUCAGGAAGAUCCCCUACCUGGGUUUCUGUUCCUGUGAGGAGCAGGGCGACACAGGGGUCUGGCAGCUGGUGGACCCGCCCAUCCUGCCCCUCACACAUGGACCCAACCACAGCUUCAACUGGAAGGAGACCCUCCUUCAGGAAUAACAUCCGCUUCCAUGGAGAGCAGACUUGCUCAGCCCCAUCCUGAGGCUUUAGUUUCUGCUCAAAUAACAGUGAGAGACCCCACCAGAGUCAAUGGGUGGUUGGACCUGGAUGUACUGUACUGUACAUAUUGUCAUUUGACAGUAUUGUUGACAUUUCUAAUUUGACAGUAUUGUUGUUAGUGAGAACAGAGAGAGAGGAGAGUGAAAUUGGAGAGGGCAGGGCUACCGUAAGUCUCAGGGUCUGGUUGAUUGUGGAGGCUAUCACUCAGCAGGCUACAGCAAGCACAUGGACCAUUACAUAUGACACCGCUGCGAGUCAACAGCGUACCAGAAGGGAGUCACAAGGUUGAGAACAUUGACCUAAAAAAUUAGCAGAAUUGUUUGUGUUUUGAAAAGCAAUUGCAUUCCUUGUCCCGCUUGCAGAUUAACUGUUGACGAGGGCAAACGUUAUCCUCAAAAGCCCUUGACUGUAGCCGCAAGUCAUGUCACAGAUGUUUCCCAGCGUGGAAUUUGUGUUUCUGUGUGUAUAAAGUUGAUCUCGUUGGGGGAAAAAAACUGCUAAACUUAAUCCAUGCUCUCUUGAAUACUGUAUGUACAACCACUUAUUCAUCCAUUUAAACGGAUUGCAGUGUGGUCAGUAUGAUGUCUUUUAUGACUUUAUGGUCACGUUGCAUGCUGGUUGUAUGAAAACGUUUUGUUAACGUAAGUAACCAGAAAAAUACGUCUUCGCCUGGUUGUAAUGUGUUAUGUGACAAGAUAACAACCAACAUAUGACAUAUUUACUAUGACAUCUUGAGCUCGUCAUAAAAAAUACAUAUUUAUGUGGUCGUAACCGAGACUAGUUGGAAAUCUGGUUUUAUGACUUCUUCACAACCAGAAAACUGGUUUACAACCAGUUUACAACCAGAAAAUGACGUCAUUAAGACAGCAUGUGCCAAAUGUUUUUCACUGGGUGGUUUGUCACCCGGUUUGUUUGAAACAGUCUCGAUGACACAAAGUGCACUAUUGACAAUCACAGGUGAGCCUUGGUGAGGCUGGUCGAAUAACCAGUAGUUAGGAACUUGUAUGUGUUUGUUUUACCUAAUGUAAGGUCUUAUGGCAGAAUAGUUGUUGACCACUGCACUAGAAAACAUCUUUCAGUCUUCCAGUUGUGAAAUAUCAUAUACAAAAGACCUGUCCUAUGGUAGGGAAAUACAUGUUUUUCUCAGGUGUAGAUUUCAUUAUGACCUUAUACAGUAUGUGCAUUUCAUUGGGCCAUGAAAAUUGUUGUGAGUGCCUCUUAAGAUUGAACCUGAUUUCUCUUGAUGUCUCAGUGAUGUCAGAGAGAUGUUCUCUGCUCAUUGAGUCAGCUUUUGUUUAGCCUCAUCUAAAUCUAUCUGAUCUAAUCUUUCUGCAAAUAAUGAUUAUUAAGGAGGCUCUUAAACAAUGCUCUGAUGCUGUUCUUCCAUUGAUACAUGCAAGUACAAUACUUACACGUACAAUUACAAAUUUGUGAAAAGGCGUCAGUCAGGAACAAAGCAAGCCUACAUCAGAGGUUAGCCACAUGCACAGUUGAGGAAACCCUGGAAACCUAAAAACUGAGGAGGAAGCCAUCUGUGUCAAUUUGUGUUAAUUUAUUUUCUCCAAUAUUAUAUUUCCAAAUGUAUAUAAUUUAAGAAAUAGAUUUUUCACAAAAAUGCUAUAGUUUAGAGGACUAGUGGGCUAAGAUGAGCAAAGAUUGAAAUGAAAACAAACUGAUUGAAGGAGGAGAUGAUACAGUAUUCCCUGUAUAUUCAGAUAUGAGCAUCUCUGAGGUGGGUUCUGAAUCCCCCCCCCCCCAUAUGAUACUGACAGUAUCACUGUUUCAGAUAUGUAGAAGUUACAUACCAAAUAAAAAAAAGUCAGGUCAUUUUGUUGUGUAUUGUUAUCUUUUUUGGGGGGGAUAGAGAAUUCCUUCAACAGUUUGUUCAAUACGUAGUAUUAUGGUUUAACCACUAGGUGUAAGUGUAAGACCUUUGGAGUUGACUACAUACAGUAUCUUAGGUGGAAAAUGAGCUUGAAGCAGAGGCGUCAUGCCCAUAUGGGGCACAAGGGCAUGUACCCCCUCAGAUUUGUCUUUUUUGUUUCAGAUGUUAAAUUAACUACUAAACUUAAUUUUUAAGUCCACGUUUUAUCAUCAUUAUUUAUAAAAAUGAUCUGUCAGCUGUAUUUUGUGGAGGGGGUACACUUACUGGACCAGGUAAAGAGUACCCCCACCCACAUAUAAUUGAACAGGUAAAGAGGUAUGCUUAGAUAACCUAUGCAGGAAAAUAUACAUAAUUUUACAUAGAAUUAGGCAUAAUGAUUAUGGCUCUAGAUUGCAGGAAAAAUAUGUUUCAGGUGUUUGCAAAAUUCUCCAUCAUUACGUACUUUGUGCCCCCUUUAAAAUAAUAGGUGCAUGACAUCCCUGCCUGAAGUGAUUUAAAAAUAAAGACAUCCUUAGAAAAGGAUGCUGGCAGUAGACAUAAAUAACAAACUGAAAGGAAUAAGAUACUGUGAUAUUGUGUAAAAUAAAAAAUACAAAUCUUUCAAGCUUUUGGUGAGAUGGAUUUCUGGCCUGCCUGGUGACAUCAACAGGAGGUAAAUUAGACCAAUAAGAAAGAGAGUUCCAAACCUCUCUGCCAAUAACAGCUAGUUUUCACUUUUCCCCUCCCCACUCAGACCACUCCCAGACAGUCCUAGCUAAAUUUUUAAUUGAAAACAAUCACAUUAAGGUACUUAAUUGUUACUCAGAAAUUAUAUGAUACUAGGAUCAAAACAGCUGUGUUAGACCUUUAAAGGGAUACUUCAGGAUUUUGGCAAUUUUUAUGUCUCUGUCCAGUAUAAGGGAAGUUAGAGGUAGUUUUGUGAGACAAUGCUAACUAGCGAAGCGCAGUGACUGGAAGUCUAUGUACCCAUAGACUUUAGCAAUUGCACUAGCGCUAGUUAGCAACUUCCUUCAAACUGCACACAGGGACAUAACAAUGGUAUCCACAAAUUCAUCUGACUCUGAGGAAGUAGAGGGGCCUCAUUGCUAAAAUCCUGAAGUAUCUCUUUAAGACAGGUUAAGCAACCCAAGCCGGGUUAAACCAGACUGAGCUCUUCCGUCAGUCUGAUUUACCAGGCAGAAGUGACCAUAUCACACCAAAUGAUGAUGCAUUUAUGUCGUCAGCACCACUGAUAAUGUACCUAGCCACACACGUAAUCAUGCAUACUAGUAGGCUAUACAGCCCCACAGUGGAGGUGUCAUAAUACCCAUAAAACCUAGCGGUGAAACAGGGAAAUGAUUCUAAGAAUUUUUCCACCAUUCAUUUUUCCCAUAUGGAAUUUUAGAAACACUUAAAAUAAGGGCUGUGUUUCGUGUAGGCUUACCCUGGCGUGAAGUUUUGAUAACCAUGUAAAUCUCUCUCGGACAAGGUGACUUUUAUCAAUAUAUUCGGCUCUAUUUACUAUCAGAAUCGAAAAUGCUAAUUAGCAUCAAAGUAGACAUCAUGCAAGACUACAAAUCCCUGCAAGCUCCUGCACGUCAUCUCUAGCUGACACCUUUGCCUUCAGGUAUUGUGUCAGUAUAAAACUUGCACAAGACAGUUCCCAGAAUUGUCAAUUUAAAGAAAUGUAGCCAAUGUAUUCAUUACUAAAUGUAGCUAACAUUAGAUAGUUAAUCCAGAGAUUCUUACCUUUGCCUCGAUUCUUCAGUCUUGUCCAGAUCAUCAUGACAUUUGUAGUUCUUUAUGAUAGCCACAUUAGCAGCUAAUUAGCCUUUCAUUUUGAAGGGGGUAAAUACAGGCCUUGUCCUAGGAGAUUUACAUGGUUGUCAAAAUGUCACCCCAGGUUAAGCCUACACAAAAUACAGCCCUUAUUUGAAGUGUUUCUAAAAUACCCUAUGGGAAUGGUGGAAAUAUGAUUGGAACCAUUUCCUCAUACUGUGGUACUCUAUGGUACCACAGUAUGACAAAUAUGACAACCAACUCAUACCUCUGAUUAUGUGCAUAAAACUUCCAUGAGAGUCAACUGUGUAUCAAUCAUCUUGUUUAAUUUUGUUGGGAAAUAAACAGCAUCCUUCUUUCAAUAGCAUCUUU